AUGGCGGCACAUGAGAAUCCACCUGAAGAAGGGAAACCGCCUCUAGAUGCAGCCGACAUGGGCAUCACAACAGAGGACCUCACGGCGCCGAAAAAAGCUCAUGCCGACGAGAGUUUGGACGACGCCGCACCUCGUUCUUCGUCAUCAGAGAUCACCUCUUCUCCUCAAAAGGACGAUGCAGCUGCAGCACCAGAUACGGAGACUGGGAACCCGCUGGAUCGGGUCCCGUCUCAGGCGCAAAAGCUAGGGAAGAAGAAGAUUGCGGCGGUUAUGGGGGCACUUUGCCUCGUCUUGUUUCUUGCAGCUUUGGAUAUGACUAUUAUCUCUACAGCCCUACCGACGAUGGCCGUCGAUUUCAACGCAUCUGAGAGCGGGUAUUCGUGGAUGGCUUCAUCAUUCUCUCUGACAAACGCAGCGUUUGUCCCGCUCUGGGGUAAAAUAAGUGAUAUUUGGGGCAGGAAACCUAUUCUUCUUCUCGCCAAUCUUGCAUUUCUCAUUGGUAGUUUGAUCUGUGCGCUGGCCAUCAACCUGCCCAUGGUCUUGGCUGGUAGAGCAAUCCAGGGUGCUGGAGCCGGUGGAAUCAUUACAUUGGCCAAUAUCUCUGUUUCAGACCUUUUCAGUGUUCGAGAACGCCCGAUGUACUAUGCGCUUUUUGGAUCUACUUGGGCCAUCGCAGGCGCUCUGGGCCCACUUGUUGGAGGCGCCUUUACGACGAGCGUCACCUGGCGUUGGUGUUUCUAUCUCAACUUGCCAAUUGGCGGGUUCUCUUUCCUCGUCUUAUUCUUUUUCCUCAAAGUUGACUCACCAAAGACGCCUCUUAUUGCCGGUCUCAAAACCAUCGACUGGUCGGGCACGCUUUUAAUUGUCGGCGCCACCCUCAUGUUCCUAUUCGGCCUCCAAUUCGGCGGCGUCGACUACCCCUGGGGCUCUGCAACAGUUCUUUGCCUCAUAAUCUUCGGCCUGUUGACAUAUGCUCUUGCCAUGCUCAACGAAUGGAAAAUCGCCCGGUAUCCGGUCAUCCCCAUCCGCCUCUUUAGCAACUGGCAUAAUGUCCUUGUCCUGCUCAUCUGCUUCAUCCACUCCCUGGUUUUUAUGGGCGGCGCUUACUACCUUCCCUUCUACUUUCAAUCUGUUCUCCUCGUCACGCCCAUUCUUAGCGGCGUCUAUGUUCUCCCCCAGGUCCUAUCCCUGUCCGUCCUCUCCGCCAUGACAGGUGUUAUCAUCAAAAAGACGGGCCGCUACCGUGAACUCAUUGUCGCCGCCUUCGUUUUUUUAACCCUCGGCUACGGCCUGCUCAUCGACCUUAAACCCUACGCCUCCUGGCCCCGUCUAAUCAUCUAUCAACUCAUCGCAGGUAUUGGCACAGGCCCGCUCUUUCAAGCACCCCUCGUUGCUCUGCAGGCAAAUAUUCACCCCUCCGACAUGGCUGCCGGAACCGCAACAUUCUCCUUCCUGCGUCAAGUCUCGGCUGCAAUCUCCAUCGUAAUCGGCACAGUUAUCUACCAAAAUAUGCUCGUCGACAAAGCCUCCACCAUCGCAGCCGCGGUGGGCCCAGACACGGCGCAAUCUCUUCAGAAUUCCUUCGCCGCAAACAACCACGACCUUAUUCGCUCUUUGGCCGAUGAUCAAAAACGCGUCGUCCUUUCUGCAUUCACUUUUGCCCUCUCUCGGAUUUGGGUCUUUUAUACAGCUAUCGCGGGCGUUGGGUUGAUCGUUAGUGUUUUUGUCAGGCCUGUCGUGCUGAGCAAGACGCAUACGGUUGCGAAAACGGGUUUAGCGGAGCAGGAACGCGCCAGGAAGGAGAUUCUGGAAGCGCAGGCUAAGGCACGGGCUAGUAAUAAUAAUAAUAAGGAGGUGCCUGAGGGCAAGGAGAAGGUCUAGUCCGAGGUCUCCGGUUCCUCUCUGCUCUAUUCUAUAUAUAUGUGUGCGGGCCUAAUUUAUAUGCAUGUGUAUACAUCUAGUACAAAGCGAGUCAUCUCUUCCUGAUAUAGACUUCAUUGGCACUUAAUAC